AUGGAGAUACAAUUCACUCUGCCGCUUAACCCUGGUAAAAGCAAUCGUCCUGCCGGGAAAACCCCUGAGAAUAGCCGUCCAGCUCCAGCACAGAGAGAUUCCGAAUCGAGCGGCCAAGGCGGCAUCCAUCGCUUUGCCCUAGACUCGAGAGCGAGACACACUCGACGCAGCUCGACUCGUGCGCGCACUGGCUGCAACACCUGUAAAAAACGCCAUGUCAAAUGCGACGAGACUCGGCCAGCGUGCCUCAACUGCAUGAAAUGGCGCGGCUACUGUGAUUCUUACGCAGACAGCACCACCACCUCCUCCUCCUCCGCCUCCUCUUCCGCCCCCUCCUUACAAAUUCAAUCUCGUGCCCAGUCGUCCAAAGGCAAACUUAUCCAUACCAAAAAAGCACCUCUACUCAUCAUCGAGCCAUCCGUCAACACUAUCCGCUUCGCCAACAGCGACCAGCACGACUACUUUGUGGAGUGGUCCAAUCUAUCCGUCACCUUCCUGGGCGGAUUUCUCGAUCAGACUCGCCUCUGGACUGCCACGAUGCCUCAGGUCACCCUGGAAGAAAACACACUGCGGCACGGGGCCAUGGCUGUGGGAGCCCUGCGAAAGGCAUACCAAGUCCAAGGCUCAGAGCUAGGACUCGAUAACAAUAAUAGACACUAUCUGAACGCCAUUGUCUACUAUUGCGAAGCCCUCCGAAUGCAGUCAGAAAUGAAGCCUACUAGGGAAGGUCUGCGAACUGCUCUGCUAUCCUCCCUGCUGUUCAUCUGCUUCGAAACCCAGCGAGGAAACCUUCCAGCCGCCCUAAAACACAUAACUCACGGCUUCACGAUGCUCAACGAGCUUGCUAAUUGCACCGACAAAGCACCUGAUCUUGUCAGCAUUGCUCCCGCGCCGCCGGCCCUAGUGCAGGAUAUCCUAGACUGCUAUAAACCCCUGGAGCUGCAAUCGCGGUCCUUCAUGGGGUCAUAUAGGAAGUUCUUCUUCCCGCCACAACCUCCCCAGCAAUCCUCAUCACCAUCUCCAUCAGCAUCCGCAUCAUCGCCUUCCGCUUCUACCUCAUUGCUCCAACCCGGAACACCCCCCAUGAAGUCACCUCAUAGCCCCCAGGCCCAGCCAACAGGCCUACCGAGCCCUCAAAGCCAGGGCGAUCCUUCUUCUCCUCAGCCGGCCCCUACUCCUAGACGGCCGCCAGGAAUAAUCCCGUUUACAAAGCACUCUCCGUAUUUUCGGCCAAAGCUAACCAGAAUUGUCUCCCUAGACGAUAUGCCGCGCAUCUUUAGCUCAUGGGAUGAGAUGCGCGACUACUGGGGGCUUGUCCAGAGGCAGAUGGUACGCCAUGUGCCUAUGCUAACCAGAGUGACGUCGGAUCUUGCUCUUCACAAGACGACUGAUCCUGCCGAGCUUGAUAGGAAAUUCGGAAGCCUCAAGACGAACGCAACGCUGUCGAAAUUCAUUGCAGAGUCCCGGUACUGGCUGCAGCGCUGGACUGAGGCAUACGAGCCCAUGUAUCAAGCCGUCCUUCGCAACGCCACCAACGAUCGAGCGCUAUACUUGCAGGCCAUGAGCAUUCGAAUCGAGUACCUGAUUCUCUACAUUUACACGACUGUCCCUCGCUAUUCCAGCCUUAUUACCGUCAAAGGUCUCACUCCACAGUACCGCGAAAUCAAUACCCUCGCCGAGGAGCUGCUACAAGCUCGACCAAACUGCGGCUUCGCCAUGGACGCAGGGUGGACCUGGCCCCUAUUCGUCGUCUCCUUCGGCUGUCGAGAUCGCGCCGUUCGGGAAGACGCAAUCCGAAUUCUAGGCCAAUACCCUAUCCGCAACGCCUUGCGCGACAGCAGAGUCUUUAGGGCCAUUGGCAUCAAGAACAACGAGACGGAAAUCACAAACGCCAUGGAGGGCGACGAGAAUGAGCAGUGGAUGCGUCUCAGGCGGCGCGAGCUCGUCUUUGAAGACUUUGGCUCCUGCAUCAUCUUCCGGUUUGUGCAAAAGGAUCCUGUGACAGGGAAAUGGGAGCUUGUAGAAGAAGCGAGCGAAUUUUGUGUUGGACCUGAUGGGCGGCUUCCAUGGCGAAGGCAGCCAAUCUCUGAAUCAGAGUCUAUUCUUUCUGGCGUAUGUUGA